CAAAAUAAAAGGUGGGAGGGCGAGCGGCCUGGGACGUUUUGGGGCCGAGACUAACCUUCUUCCGGUCCUUUGCGGCUCCCUGGGAAGAGAUCGACUUGUGCUGCGCCUCGAGUCCCUUUGUAAUCCCGAGUAAUCUGCGUCUGGGAAGAUGGUGAACAUUCCCAAGACACGUAAUACCUUCUGCUGGAAGUGCAAGAAGCACCAGGCACACAAGGUGACUCAGUACAAGAAGUCCAAGGAGCGCACAUAUGCCCAGGGACGUCGGCGUUACGACAGGAAGCAGUCUGGGUAUGGUGGCCAGUCAAAGCCAAUCUUCAGGAAGAAGGCAAAGACCACCAAGAAGAUUGUGCUGAAGAUGGAAUGCAACAAAUGCAGAAUCAAGUCCCAGCUCCCUCUGAAGAGAUGCAAACACUUCGAGUUGGGUGGUGACAAGAAGAGGAAGGGUAUGAUGAUCCAGUUCUAAACUGUCACAGAGAAAGUAAAAAAAAACACCACUUA